GAUAGCAUAGUUCAACCUCCUACUCAUACAAUUCACAAGCCACUCUCUCCAUUGCUGUGGUGACAAACUUAGUCAACUGCUUCUAUUUUGUUGCCUAGAAAACAAUAAAUGGACAAGACCAAACUUGCCAAGAGAUUUCAAUGUAAGGUAGCCAUUGUGACGGCUUCCACCCAAGGAAUUGGUUUUAGCAUAGCUGAGAGGCUUGGAUUGGAGGGUGCAUCUGUUGUCAUCUCUUCACGCAAACAGCAAAAUGUUGAUGAGGCUGCUGACAAACUGAGAGCUAAAGGAAUUGAAGUAUUGGCAAUUGUUUGCCACGUUUCAAAUGCACAACAAAGGAAGAAUUUGAUAGACAAAACUUUACAGAAGUAUGGAAAGAUAGAUGUUCUUGUGUCCAAUGCUGCAGUAAAUCCUUCUGCAGAUCCAAUUUUACAAACACAAGAUUCGAUCCUUGACAAGUUAUGGGAGAUAAAUGUCAAAUCCACUAUACUUCUUCUCAAGGAUAUAGCUCCCCAUUUGCAAAAGGGUUCUUCUGUUGUUCUAAUUUCCUCUGUUGUUGGCUAUAACCCACCACCUAUAAUGGCUAUGUAUGGUGUGACCAAAACAAUGGUUCUUGGGCUUACCAAAGCUCUGGCUAGGGAAAUGGCCCCCAAGACUCGUGUGAAUUGCGUAGUUCCUGGUUUUGUGCCAACUCGUUUUGUUGCACUAUAUGCCACUAAUGAUGCUAUAAGGGAGGGCCUUGAAAAGAAAGCACUCAUUAGAAGACUUGGUACAACUGAAGACAUGGCUGCUGCAACAGCGUUUUUGGCAUCUGAUGAUGCUUCUUACAUAACUGGAGAAAAUCUAGUGGUUGCUGGGGGAAUGCCUUCCAGAUUGUAG